AGAACUGGAACCGGAACGAAAUAAACUAGGGUUUAUCAGGGCCCACACGCAGUCUCUGCGUCUGAGCUGUGUUUUUCUCCGCCUUCAUUCUCCCCCUUCCUCUCCUCCACCACGUAUCCGCCGCCUCCCAAUCAGCCCCCCACGCACGGCCAGCCGCUCACCACCACACCAGCUCGUCGCGUCGUAUCAUCCGUCGCCGGGGAGAUGGUCGGGCCAGGCCUCUACACCGAGAUCGGCAAGAAGGCCAGGGAUCUGCUGAACAGGGACUACCAGACCGACCACAAGUUCACCCUCACCACCUACACCUCCAAUGGUGCUGCAAUUACAGCUACUAGCACAAAGAAAGCUGAUCUGAUUUUCGGUGAGAUCCAAUCACAGAUAAAGAACAAGAAUAUCACCGUAGAUGUGAAAGCAAACUCAAACUCUAAUGUUAUUACUACAGUUACCAUUGAUGAGAUUGCAACGCCAGGACUGAAGACCAUCUUGAGCUUUGCUGUUCCUGAUCAGAAAUCUGGAAAGUUUGAGCUUCAGUACUUGCAUGAUUAUGCUGGCGUUAAUGCAAGCAUUGGCUUGACAGCCAACCCUGUAGUCAACCUCUCCAGUGUGUUUGGAACCAAGGCUCUGGCAGUUGGUGCGGAUGUCUCACUUGAUACUGCCACUGGGAACUUCACCAAAUACAAUGCUGGACUGAGCUUCACUAAUGAAGACCUUAUCGCAUCCCUGAACCUGAACAGCAAGGGAGACAGCCUUACUGCAUCUUAUUACCACACUGUCAGCCCAUUGACCAGCACAGCUGUUGGGGCAGAGCUGACUCACAGCUUCUCAACCAAUGAAAACACCCUCACCUUCGGUACUCAACAUGCUCUGGACCCACUCACCCUUGUGAAGGCUCGCUUCAACAACUCUGGCAAGGCCAGCGCGCUGAUCCAGCAUGAGUGGAGACCAAAGUCACUGGUGACCAUCUCUGCCGAAGUUGACACCAAGACCAUUGAGAAGAGCUCAAAGGUCGGGAUUGCGGUGGCCCUCAAGCCUUGAUUGAUUACCAAGUCUUUUUUCUAAGUUCUCGGCAUGUACUUCCUUCUUAGCUGAAAUUGGUAUCAGCUGGAGAAAAACAGUCUGGCUUCUCAUAUUUUGGUUGUUGCAAUAUUUUGGAUUUCAAGAACUGCCAUGUUUCAUUGAGGAAUUUUCCAGCUAUCGGUGUAGGACUCUGUUGAAUGAGCAAACUUCACAAUAAUUCGAGCUCGGUAGAAUUCUGAACU